AUGACCGACUGUAAUGACUGGCAAUUAGAUGCGCUACGGGAGGAAUGUACUAGAAGAGAAUUAACAAUAAAUUCAAAAGUCGGUGUUAAGACAUUGGCUGCCAGAUUACGUACAUAUGAUAUAAAUUUUGUUGUUGGGAAAACGGAUGAGGCACAAGCAUUAGCUCACGAUACCCAACCUGGAGAGUUUGAGAAUGAUGAACAUAUGCAAAAUCUUUCGGAUAGCCUGGGUAAAUUGAAAUUGACCAGUGAUCUGCCGAUGAAAAAUGGGGGCGAAAUUCCCGGGGAUACUUUAAGUUUUCGGGAGAGGAUGGAGCUCUUACGCUUUGAGCGGGACUUAGAACGUGAGAGGGAGGAGAGAGAAAUCAGAAGAGAGGAGCGUAGACAACGAGCUAGAUUUGAGGAUAGGGCGUUUGAGGUAGAACUAGAGAAAGAAAGAGUUAAAACUCCAUCAGUUUCCGGAUGCUCGGGAAAAUUUGUUAAAGUGCGAGAAAUGAGGGAGACUGAAGAUAUCGAUGAUUAUUUUCGGAUUUUUGAAAUGACGGCUAAAACACAACAAAUCCCACCGCUGCCACCAAUUGUGACGAUUUCUAUCGCCGACGUGGGCGCUGCAGUUCACAAUAACACAAGUCAAUAA